AUGGUCUCGGGAAUGAUUCUCGCCACUUUCAUAGCUUGUGCUAGCUUCGGCAAGGGAUUCUUGACACAUUCUUGCCUCCUCACUGCACAAGGCAACUCACCCUACUGUGAUUCCAGCAGUGGGAUUUGUUACCAGGGCUACUACGAUUCCUCACUCGAUAUCACAGUCGGCCUUGUAUUCCCCCCACUCACGACUGCCACUACUCCCAACGCAACUGAAUUCAUCGCUCAGCUCGUCGCACCUGUCAACUAUGGAUGGACUGGGCUGAGUGUUGGCGGUACUAUGGCGAACAGCCUCCUAUUCACUCUAUGGCCAAACGGGGACGAAAUCAUUUUUGGUCCUCGAUGGACUGCGGGCUAUGUCCAACCUUUGCUCUACUCCGGUCCCAAAAUCACGUUGCUCCCAGACUCUACUGUGAACAGUACACAUAUCAAGGCGUCGUUCCGGUGUCAGAACUGCACAGUAUGGGAAGGUGGCUCCAUCGGUUCCGGAAACCUUAACGGCUUUCAACUCAUUGCAUACGUCGCUUCAACCGAUACUCCAGUUGACGAUCCUUCCAACGUAGCCUCUAAUUUCACUGAGCACAAUGAUUUUGAUUUCUUCGGCCUUGACCUGUCCACGGUACACUCCUCUUCAUAUUCGAGCUACGUUGGUGGAGGUUCCACAUCGAGUACUCUGGCUCCGACAUCAACAAUUCAAACUUCGACCUCUGUUACCGCCACGUCCAGUGCUGCAGGCGCAACUCAAACCAAGUAUGGUCAAUGCGGUGGCACGGGAUGGACGGGACCUACCAUAUGUGCAUCUGGCUCAACCUGCACAGCCGUAUCAGCCCCAUAUUAUAGUCAAUGCUUAUGA